GGCAUGCACUUUUGAACCCCGGAAUCCGGAAAGCUGCAGUACAGAAGGCCGAUCAUGAGCUCCCUGAGCAUCGCUGGACGUCUGUUUGCAGGGAUUUCCUUUCGUCAGCCGCCCCGCGCAGCUCUCGCGUGGCGGGCACGGCGUUUCUACUGCCCCAGGGGCUCCCAGUUGCCCGUGGUUGAGGAGAAAAGACGUCGAGCAGUGCUUGGAGGCGGGGAAAAAAGACUGGAGAAGCAACACAAAAGUGGACGACUGACUUCGAGGGAGCGUGUGGGACUUCUUCUCGACCCUGGUUCGUUCAGAGAGUACGAUGCCUUUGUCGAGCACACCUGUACUGACUUCGGGAUGGACAGUCCAAAAAACAAGAUUCCAGGCGAUGGAGUGGUGACAGGACAUGGGACCAUCAAUGGCAGACCGGUUUUCUUUUUCAGUCAAGACUUCACUGUCUUUGGCGGGAGCUUAUCCAGCAUGCAUGCAAAGAAAAUCUGCAAGAUAAUGGACAGGGCGGCAGAGGUAGGGGCUCCAGUGAUAGGUCUCAAUGACUCUGGUGGAGCUAGGAUCCAAGAGGGUGUGGAUUCCCUCGCCGGAUAUGCUGACAUCUUCCUGAGGAAUGUCAUGUUCUCAGGCGUGAUUCCCCAGCUCUCCCUCGUCAUGGGUCCUUGUGCCGGUGGAGCUGUCUACUCUCCAGCCAUGACUGACUUCACCUUCAUGGUGAAGAACACCUCCUACAUGUUUGUGACUGGACCAAAGGUAGUCGAGGAAGUGACAAUGGAGAAAGUGACAGAGUUGGAGUUGGGAGGUGCCAUGGUCCACACCAAGAAAUCAGGAGUGGCACACAGAGCGUUUGAGAACGACAUGCAUGCUCUCUACGAAAUGAGACAGCUGUUUGACUUCCUACCACUCAGCAACAAAGACCCCGUGCCCAUACGCUUCACUGAAGACCCAAAGUAUGUCAGAAUGACAUUUACGGUAAAACACCUUGGCUUUACUUAUGUAAGUAUGGUAAAACCA